GCCUGGUUACUGCAGAGACGCGGCGGCCGGCGGCUCCAUGAUCUGUCGAGGGGUUUCUCCGGCUGCUCAUCUCACAGGGUAGGAGAACAGUUCCACCUGGAACCGAACGGACUGGAUCGGCAUGGCCGGCUAUUUACCUCCGUGUGUCAUCGACUGUGGAACUGGCUAUACAAAGCUUGGCUAUGCAGGUAACACAGAGCCACAGUUCAUCAUUCCUUCAUGUAUAGCUAUCAAAGAGUCAGCCAAAGUAGGCGACCAUGCACAGCGCCGAUUAGUGCGGGGAGUGGAUGACCUAGACUUUUAUAUAGGAGAUGAAGCUGUAGACAAACCUACAUAUGCCACCAAGUGGCCCAUUCGACACGGUAUAGUUGAAGACUGGGAUCUAAUGGAGAGGUUCAUGGAACAUGUGAUAUUCAAAUAUCUACGGGCAGAACCUGAAGACCAUCACUUUCUAAUGACAGAACCACCUCUCAACACACCAGAGAACCGAGAGUACCUUGCCGAAAUCAUGUUUGAAUCCUUUAACGUCCCAGGUCUUUACAUUGCUGUCCAGGCCGUGCUAGCCUUGGCCGCAUCGUGGACCUCACGGCAGGUGGGAGAACGCACAUUAACAGGCUUGGUAAUAGACAGUGGUGAUGGAGUGACCCAUUGUAUUCCAGUGGCUGAAGGUUACGUCAUUGGCAGUUGUAUUAAACAUAUCCCUGUAGCAGGUAGAGAUAUUACCUUCUUUAUUCAGCAGCUCUUGAGGGAAAGGGAAAUAGGAAUACCACCUGAACAAUCCCUGGAGACUGCCAAGGCCAUCAAGGAGAGGUACUGUUAUAUCUGCCCAGAUAUAGUUAAGGAAUUUACCAAGUAUGAUACAGAUCCUGGGAAAUGGAUUAAGCCAUAUGUCGGCAUCAAUGCUGUUAGCAAGCGGCAAUUUGCUGUGGAUGUUGGCUACGAAAGGUUUCUGGGGCCCGAAAUCUUCUUCCAUCCUGAGUUUGCAAAUCCAGAUUUUAUGCAGCCGAUUUCAGAUGUGGUUGAUGAAGUAAUACAAAAUUGUCCAAUUGAUGUAAGGCGGCCACUGUAUAAGAAUAUAGUGCUUUCUGGAGGUUCGACAAUGUUUAGGGAUUUUGGACGUCGUCUACAAAGAGAUCUAAAGAGAGUAGUGGAUGCAAGAUUAAAAAUUAGUGAACAGCUUAGUGCUGGUCGCAUAAAGCCGAAGCCAAUUGAGGUUCAGGCGAUAACGCAUCACAUGCAGCGAUAUGCUGUUUGGUUUGGUGGCUCCAUGUUGGCAUCAACGCCUGAGUUUUACCAGGUGUGCCACACAAAAAAAGACUAUGAAGAAUUUGGCCCUAGUAUCUGUCGGCACAAUCCCGUUUUUGGUGUGAUGUCGUAGUAACAACAACGAGAGCUUCCAGCGUAGGAAAUAAAGGGGCGGCUGCAAAACAGGAUGGGCGUGAGAACUGACGUAUUGGUACACUGCCGAAAUGAAAUCUGGGCAUUUGUACUUGGAAUGUAUAUGCUGUAGAGUUGGUCACCGACUGGACUCAUUUUCAUUAAGCUCACUGUGUGCUAGCUAUUCAUGUCCCAGUAACUAUUCCCUUUACUUAAGCUUAUUACGCAAAGUGUUUUUUGGAUCUGAGAUAUAGUAUAUAUACUAGUUUUUUGUAAAACAGUGCUGGCAGUGUUAAUCCUCCCUUUCUUCUGAUGAAACGAGAUGCUUCAAUUAAAGGGAUUUGUUUCCUUUUAUAAAAAGUUAUAUUGCAAAUCAUGUGACAGAGCUAUGUUUAUAUUUCAUAAUGUUUGUUUUCUAAGACUGAAACUGUUUCCAAGCACAAUCCUAAUGAGUGUAUUGAUAUAUGCAAACUGAGCAUUUUGGAUGGCAUCAAGAGUUUGUCUAAAAAAAAGUUCCCUCUUGGGACUUGUUUUCCUUGUUGAAAUAAAAUUGCCCUUAAAUUAUCAGUUGAGAGUGUUAGGUAUAUCAUGUCUUAUAUGUUGGUAGUGCUUGUAUAAUAAUUUAUUACCAGUGUUUCAGGGUUGUUUAGUUUGAGCUAAGAUAUUGAACAGAAUGUUAAUUAUUUUGAGAUUUUGAUAGUUGGAUGAAAUGCUACUUUGCACCACUCUAAUAAAGAUGAUUCAUA